UAACUGCUAAACAAUGGCUGAAAGUUCCCAUUCGAUAUCACUUGAUAAAGAGAGUGUCAGCACCACAUCAAAUAACAAACGCGAAGGCCAUUCUGAUAAUUCCGAUUCUGUAACCAAGAAGUUGAGAAGCAGCGACACUAAAGAGGCUGAGAUCACAGUCCCGAAAAAUGGAAGUGAAUUGUAUUUUGAAAUAGAUGCUGAUGCUGCUGAGGAUAAGGGUUCCAGGCACACCAUGGAGGACGCUACAGUCGUUCUUCCUCAUGCUACCCCCGGGAAAUUGAGAUGUGCUCAUUUUGCAAUAUAUGAUGGACAUGGAGGUCGAUUAGCUGCUGAGUAUGCUCAGAAGCAUUUACAUGCCAAUGUUCUAUCUGCAGGCUUACCACGUGAGUUGUUGGAUGUUAAAGCAGCCAAAAAGGCGAUACUUGAGGGUUUUAACAGAACUGACGAGUCUCUUCUUCAGGAAAGCACCAAAGGUGGUUGGCAAGAUGGUGCUGCUGCAGUGUGUGUUUGGGUUUUAGGAUCCAAAGUGUUUAUUGCUAAUAUAGGAGAUGCAAAGGCAAUUUUGGCACGGUCAUCUCCUGCAGAUGGUUCAAACAAUAGUUCUGAUGGAUCAACUCCUAUGAAGGCCAUAGUUUUGACCAGGGAACACAAGGCUAUAUAUCCUCAAGAACGUGCACGUAUCCAAAAAGCUGGGGGAUCUGUCAGUUCUAAUGGCCGAUUACAAGCUCGCCUUGAAGUUUCCAGAGCUUUUGGAGAUCGUCAGUUCAAGAAGGUUGGUGUCAUUCCAACUCCAGAUGUUCAUUCAUUUGAACUUACCGAGAGAGAACACUUCAUCAUUCUUGGCUGUGAUGGCUUGUGGGGGGUUUUUGGCCCAAGUGAUGCUGUUGAUUUUGUUCAGAAGCUAUUAAAGGAGGGGCUACCUGUGUCAGCUGUGAGCCGCCGCCUUGUGCGAGAGGCAGUCCGUGAGCGUCAAUGCAAAGAUAACUGCUCUGCUGUUGUAAUUGCUUUUAGGAAAAAGCAGUAGAACUCCAAGAUUUGUUCGAAAAGAAUCUUAGAAUUUAGGCAACCAAAUCUGGUCUUGUUCUUUGGUUCAUGUUUUAUGGUGGGUUGUAUCUUGCUUUCAUCUAAUUUAGUUGCAGAUUGUACGGUUUAGAUCUCUUGGCUUUUGACCAAGCUAGGCAAUUUGUUGUAGAAUAGCGCAGUCUUUGAAAUCUUUUCCAGCACAAGACAUAUGUAUGAGCAAACCAUCCAAGUUGGAACUUUUUCAUACGAGUACUCAAGGAUUUUGGUGGAAAGCAAA